AAGGGAGUGAGUGAGAGGCAACUGAGCCCUUCUUGUGCCUGUGAAGUUGUGAAACAGGAGGCUCUUCUAGGUGGGCAGGUUGCCACGGCAUCUGGACCUAAAAUGUUGGCCCCCAUUUGUCUGGUGGAAAACAACCAUGAGCAGCUGUCAUUGAAUCAGCAGGCUAUCGAAAUUCUGUACAAGAUUCCUCAGCCAGUGGUGGUGGUGUCCAUUGCAGGACUAUACCGUACAGGGAAAUCCUACCUGAUGAACCUUCUGGCAGGACAGAACCAUGGCUUCCCUCUGGGCUCCACAGUGCAGUCUCAAACCAAGGGCAUCUGGAUGUGGUGUGUGCCCCAUCCUUCCAAGCCAAACCACACUCUGGUUCUUCUGGACACCGAAGGUCUGGGAGAUGUGGAAAAGGGUGACCCUAAGAAUGACUCGUGGAUCUUCGCCCUGGCUGUGCUUCUGAGCAGCACCUUUGUCUACAACAGCAUGAACACCAUCAACCACCAGGCCCUGGAGCAGCUGCACUAUGUGACAGAGCUCACAGAAUUAAUUAAGGCAAAGUCCUCCCCAACACCUGAAGGAGUAGAAGAUUCUACAGAGUUUGUGAGUUUCUUUCCAGACUUUAUCUGGACUGUACGGGAUUUCACCCUGGAGCUGAAGUUGAAUGGUGGUGACCUUAUUACAGAAGAUGAGUACCUGGAGAAUGCUUUAAGGUUGAUUCCAGGCAACAAUCCCAGAGCCCAAAUAUCCAAUUUGUCCAGGGAGUGCAUCAGGCAUUUCUUUCCAAAACGAAAGUGCUUUGUCUUUGUCCGGCCAACACAUGACAAAUACUUUCUAACCAAUAUUGAGAAGGUGUCAGAAAGUCAACUGGAUCCUAAGUUCAAGGAACAAACAAACAUUUUCUGUUCUUUCAUUUUCACCCAUGCAAGAACCAAGACCCUCAGAGGGGGAAUCACUGUCACUGGAAAUCGAUUAGGGACCUUGGUGGUGACCUACGUGGACGCCAUCAACAGUGGAGCUGUACCUUGUUUGGAAAAUGCUGUAACAACUCUGGUCCAGCUGGAGAACUCAGCGGCUAUGCAGAAGGCAGCUGACCACUAUAGCCAGCAGAUGACACAGAAAGUGAGGCUCCCCACAGACACGCUCCAGGAGCUGCUGGACGUGCAUGAGACCUGUGAGAAGGAAGCCAUUGAUGUCUUCAUGGAGUGCUCCUUCAAGGAUGAAAAUCAGGAAUUUCAGAAGCAGCUUGUGGAAGUCAUAAUGAGUAAGAAGGAACAUUUCUUGCUAAGGAAUGAAGAGUCAUCUGUUGAAUACUGCCAGGCUCAACUCAAUCAGCUCUCCAAGGACCUAAUGCAAAAUAUUUCAGUGGGAACUUUCUCUGUUCCUGGAGGGCACACGCUCUACAUGGAAGCAAGGGAGAAGAUUGAACAGGACUAUUUGGAAGUACCCAGGAAAGGAGUAAAGGCAAAAGAGGUCUUCCAGAGUUUCCUACAGUCGCAAGCGGCAAUAGAGAACUCCAUCCUGCAGGCAGAUAAAGCCCUCACAGAUGGGUGUAAGGCCAUAGCAGAGGAGCAGGCCAAGAAAAGGGCAGCUGAGAAGGAACAGGAACUUUUAGGGCAGAAACUACAGGAACAGCAGCAAGAGAUGGAGGCUCAAGAAAGGACUCUAAGGGAAAACUUAGCCCAACAGAAAGCAAAGCUGGAGAUGGAAAAAGAACAACUACUGAGAGAGCAGAAUAGGAUUUUGGAGCAAAAGUUGAAGGUCCAAAAGGAUUUGCUUGAGGAAGAAUAUAGGAAGAAAUCAGAGGAGAUGAAUGCAGAAAUAAAUCAAUUGAAAAAUACAAUUGAAGCUACAAACAUUUGUACUGGUGGUCAUGGAAUUGAACGAGUCUUGAACAGAGUUGGCAAAGAAACAACUAAAUCAGUUCGUCAUGUUGUCAAAGGUGUAGGCUCACGGCUUAAGAAGCUUUAG